ACCUGUCUGGGGCCUGGAGGUGUGCGCUGGGGCUCGCUGGUGGUGGGCAAGUUCCUGUAUGGCAGUGAGGCCAUGGCCACUGAGCGAGAGGCCUGGCCCUUGCUGCUCCCUGCCUUCCUGGGCUCCUGGAGAUUCCUCUGUAACUCUACUUUCCUGAGGGGAGCAGGGAGCUUUGGAAGGCCACUCCUUGGGAACCAGGGCUGGGGGAGUCCAUCCCAGAGGAACAGGGAUCCUGGUUUGGAAAGGGGGAGCCAGAGCCAGAGGGGUGAAGCCUUUUCAAGGCUAGUGUCAGGAACCACCCAGGGGGUGGGUCUCCCCUUCCUGGCAUGCAGCCUGAUCCUGGGGCCUGGCUGCUAGCUUUUGCCUGGGCUGGCAAAGCGGGGGAGCACUGAGCCACUCAGGCUCUGAGUGGCUGGGCGCCGCGUGUCAGGAUUACAGGGAGCUCGAUUGGGCGGGCUGAGGGCACUGCCAGCUCAUAGUCCAUGGUGGGCAGCUUUGCAUGGCCACCAGCACUGGGUGGCAUGGACUCAGGUCACCUGCUACCGUCAGUCCCGAGUCCGCAAGGGCCCGCCCUUCCCCAAGCAUUAGUGGUUGGAGGGGUGUCCAAUCUGGGGGAGGGCCAGGAGUAGGCUGCUGGUUAAAUUUAGUGUGUGGGGCGGUGCAGCUACCCACGGUCCACCUGCCACCACGCUGCCACUUAGGCCCUGCUGCCAGGGGGCGGGCCAGGCUGGCUCCGCCUGGGGCUGGGCCCUUAUUAACCAGUGCUCUCGCCUGGGGGCCAGAGGUUCUGGCCUGCGCGCAGGGAGGCUGGAGUGGUGGAGAAGUGGCAGCGGAGUGGACAGGUGUGAGGGCCUUGAGGGCAGGCGACCACAGCCAGGCUACAAUGAACGAGCUGAGGGAAAAGGUGCUGACUCUGGACACCAUGAACCUGUGUGUUCGGAGGGUGGAGUAUGCGGUUCGCGGCCCCAUCGUGCUGCGCGCCCUGGAGCUAGAGCAGGAGCUGCGCCAGGGUGUAAAGAAGCCCUUCACUGAGGUCGUCCGUGCCAACAUCGGGGACGCACAGGCCAUGGGGCAGAAGCCAAUCACCUUCCUGCGCCAGGUCCUGGCCCUCUGCGUCCACCCGGACCUCCUGAAAAGCCCCGACUUCCCCGCGGAUGCCAAGAGAAGGGCGGAGCGCAUAUUGCAGGCGUGCGGGGGCCACAGCCUAGGGGCUUACAGCGUCAGCUCGGGCAUCCAGCUGAUCCGCGAGGAUGUGGCGCGGUACAUCCAGCGGCGCGACGGAGGCAUUCCCGCGGACCCCAACAACAUCUUCCUGUCCACGGGGGCCAGUGACGCCAUUGUGACAGUGCUGAAGCUGCUGGUGUCCGGCGAGGGGCGCACGCGCACAGGCGUGCUUAUCCCCAUCCCUCAGUACCCGCUCUACUCGGCCGCGCUGGCUGAGCUCAACGCGGUGCAGGUGGACUACUACCUGGACGAGCAGCGAGCCUGGGCGCUCGACGUGGCCGAGUUGAGGCGCGCGCUGCACCAGGCGCGUGACCACUGCCGCCCGCGCGCGCUCUGUAUUAUCAACCCCGGCAACCCCACUGGGCAGGUGCAGACCCGCGAGUGCAUCGAGGCCGUGAUCCGCUUCGCCUUCGAGGAGCGCCUCUUCCUGAUGGCUGAUGAGGUGUACCAGGACAACGUGUAUGCCGAGGGCUCGCAGUUCCACUCGUUCAAGAAGGUGCUCAUGGAGAUGGGGCCGCCGUACGCGGCGCAGCAGGAGCUCGCCUCCUUCCACUCGAUCUCCAAGGGCUACAUGGGCGAGUGCGGGUUCCGCGGCGGCUACGUGGAGGUGGUGAACAUGGACGCCGCGGUGCAGCAGCAGAUGCAGAAGCUGAUAAGUGUGCGGCUGUGCCCACCCCUGCCCGGCCAGGUCCUGCUCCACGUGGCGGUCAGCCCGCCCGAGCCCUCGGACCCCUCCUUCGCGCAGUUCCAGGCGGAGAGGCAGGUGGUGCUGGCCCAGCUGGCGGCCAAGGCCAAACUCACGGAGCAGGUCUUCAAUGAGGCUCCUGGCAUCCGCUGUAACCCGGUGCAGGGCGCCAUGUACUCCUUCCCGUGCAUGCAGCUGCCCCCGCGCGCGGUGCAGCGCGCUCAGGAGCUGGGCCUGGCUCCUGACAUGUUCUUCUGCAUGAGCCUGCUGGAGGAGACUGGCAUCUGUGUGGUGCCUGGCAGCGGCUUUGGGCAGCGCGAAGGCACCUACCACUUCCGGAUGACGAUUCUGCCCCCCAUGGAGAAGCUGCGACCCCUUCUAGAGAAGCUGAGCCAGUUCCACACCAAGUUCACCCGCGAGUACUCCUGAGUACUGCCGGGGACCAGGCCGGGCGACCCUGGACUGAUGGAGCUCUGGGCCUUGGGAGGGCUUCUGAGCCUUCGGGACCCGCUGCCUGUGGGGCUGGGCUCCUGCCUCUCUGCAGGCCUCUAAUAAAGCUGUGACGCGGCCUGACUGCUCGGUGGCCUGCACACCUC